CCCCUCCGCCCUCCUCGGUCCGCCUUGAGCCUUGAAGUAGCGGCGCCAGCGGCCACCUCCCGCAGUCUGCAGCCGCGUCCGGGGUUGCGCCGAGGGGGGCACUGCUGCUGCUGGUGGGGGAACGCUGCAGCCGUUUCAGUUUCCACUUAAAGUCCCCACCGCCUCCGCCGCCGCCGCCGGAUGGUGACCACCGGCAGCCCAAAGCAGCGGAAGAAAAAGAAGGGGGCGGGCGGCGGCUGCGGGGGAGCCAGCAGAAAGCGGCGGCGGAAAAAGAGGCCGCAGAUGCGGGCCAUGCUGCCGCCGCUGCCGCUGCCCGAGCACUUGGAGCAGGGUCGGCGGCGGAGGAGGCGCCGUAGGAUGCAGGGCAUCAAUAAGCUGAUCCUGCAGGCGCUGUCGGCCCGCAAGCAGCCGGGCGGCGUGUCCCUGACCUCCCUGCGGGAGGCCCUGCUCUCCAGCGGCUACGACGUGGAGAAGAACAAGUUGCAGCUCCGCACGGCAGUCGGCGGCCUGGUCCGCAACGGCUCGUUGGUGCGGACCCGGGGCCGGGGGACCAGAGGUGGGAGGGAGGAGGCCGGCGGCUGCCUGCGGCUCAGCCGGAGACAGAAGCAGCAGCUGAAGAAGCAGCAGCAAAGGCAGACGGGCACCAGGGCGAGAGGCCAGCGGGCAACCACCACCACCGCCGCCGCUGCCGCCGUUAAGAGGAGGAAGUCCCCGGCCCCGACGGCUUCGAGGAGCGGCCCCCGGCGGAAGAGGAAGUCGGGCAAACCCGCCGUCGCUACGACCACCACCCGGGCGAGGGUCAGGAAAAGAGCCGGGGUCAAGGCGACCACCGCCACCAACGCAAGGGUCACCUCCAGAAAAGCUAUAGAGAUCUAUGGGCUACACUGACGAAGCGACACGAGCAUCCUCGCUGAAGCCUUCACCAGCAUCGACAAUGUGGAGAAAGGUGGAGACCACUUUGGGCGAGAACCUAAGACCUCGUGGACUAUGAAGAGGCCAAAGGAAAACCUACAGGGAGAAAGAUCCUACGAUUCAUUUUCUGAAAAGUUUUGUAAUAAAACAAACACAAAAAGAAA